ACCGGAAGUGUUCCUGUGGCUGGCGGAACACAGCAGAGAGGAGAGAGGCAGACGGGAGGGACAUCUUUUCUCUUCACUCAGGAUAAGUCUGUAAGGAUGGAAAUGGAUAUCAAUGGAGGGUCAAGAGCACACGUCUCCAUUGUUCCUGCAGCUGAAAUCAAAGCCACAUUAAAACCUGACAGAGAGAGACCUCGAUGUUCCAGCACCCCCUGUUCCCCCAUCAGAGGCACUGUCGCAGGGUACCAGAUCCUCCACAUGGAUUCCAAUUAUCUGGUGGGCUUCACCACUGGGGAGGAACUGCUAAAGCUGGCCCACAGGUGGUCAGAAGGCCCUCCAGAGAAGGGUUCUGUCUCAGAAACGGUGUCCAACUCCAUCCAGAGCAGUGUCCCAAAGGCUGGAGAAUCUGUUCUCCACAAGUCUCCACGAAUUUGCAAAGGAAAAAGUCGUUACUACCAACCCUACGAGAUACCUGCUGCCAAUGGGCGGAGGCGGAGGCGUAUGCCCAGCUCCAGUGACCCAAUCCUCAGGUCCCUGGCCCAGGGGGAAGCUGGGAGGGGUCUACAUGCUUCACUGCCACUCUGUCUGCUUAAAGGGAAGAGGGCCCAGUCCAAGUCUCUGGACUACCUAAAUCUGGACAAAACAAGAAUAAGAGAGUCGUCGGACACGGAGGUGUUGCAGUACCAACUGCAGCACCUCACCCUGCGAGGGGAGCGCGUGUUCACCAGGAACCUGACAUGAGUUCACUGGAAGGUCCUAACAGGUGUCUUCUAUCCUUUUGGGGAUUUAGGUGCUAUUUCAAGCUUGGUUUCUUUCUACUCAGAGAAUAAAAUGUUCUUCAAGAGGCAAUCUGUUAAUCUGGUUAUUUUAUGGACUUUGGGUUUACCUUGUAUUGUACACAUGGCGUUGUGAAGGAAAUCUCUCCUCACAUUGUAAUAAGGUUGUUGAAGUAAAAAAUGUGAAUUACAGUAUAUAAAAUGAGCAAUAAUUUUUAAAGCUACUUAUUAGCAGUGCUGUUUGUUUGUACUGCUCAGAAACACACAGAGUUAGAGCUGAAGAAGCCAUGGGAGCCACUCUCAGGACAGUUCUGGUGUAGGCUCCACUCUCAGGACACCUCCACUGUCAGUACAGGAAGUGACGAUUCUGACGAACACGUACCCGCCCCCCGAAGGACUCGUCUGAUUGAAGUUUUCAAAUCACCAUGGAGACUCAUCACGCUCUCCAUGCACUUUGGGUCGGCCUUGGUCAAGCCCUUUUGACCCCCCAGUCUGGUUCUCGUAAAAGUUGACUUAGCCAUUUUUCGCUCAAAUGACACCAUGGAGGAAUGUAACGGGAGUUUAACUUUUCCCCCUAUUUUCCCCGGUUCUAUUAAUUUUAAUAGGGUGGGUGUGUCCCCACGGCCUGUGUCCAGCCGUUCCCCCCCCCCCCACUCAUCCAUAUAUUUAGGGAUUUUGACAAUUUUCGUUGCAUUUUUCUCCUCUCCUCUCAUGAAAAACGUGUUCGUCAGAAUCGUCACUUCCUGUACUGAGAGUUGAGGUGUCCUGAGAGUGGAGCCUACACCGGAACUGUCCUGAGAGUGGAGGCCUGCAGGCAGAGCCCUCUCGAUGAAGCACAUAUCCCAUAAUGCAGGGGUGCCCACACUUUUUCAGCUUGGGAGCUACUUUUAAAAUGACCAAGCCCAAAUGAUCUACCUACACGCCCCUGCCCAAUCUGUGUCGGGGGUGGGGGGGGCUAGUGGACUUAACGGCGGAUAAACUGUGGUGCGCUUACACUAAUUGCGCCGCAGCAUAGUUGUGCGCCGCAUUUGCGCUUCAGAUGAGGAGGUGAGGCCCCCUCAUACCUGCAUGAACCCGUAUGGCACGAUACAACUCAGACUGGCUUACCUGUACGUCAAUCAAGUGGCAAAUGCCAUAGUAAGGUUGGAUCCAUUUUUUUUUUCAAUGCCAUGCGAUCUACCCACACCACCUUUGCGAUCGACCGGUCGAUCGCGAUCGACGUAUUAGGCACCCCUGCCAUAAUGUAUUAAACAUACACUAUGUUCAAAUGGAUUAUUGCAACCACUUCAAUAAUAGUUGCAAUGUGAAGAGCUGUGUUAGUGGAAGUGUUGUUUUUUGUUUGUGCAGAUGUUGGCAACAGCUGUUAAAUUAGCAGGAUUAUAUUUUUUACUAAUUUUCAUAUUUUGUUUAUGUUUAAUUGUUUUCAAUCAAUGUUGAUGUUUAUAAACCUCUUUUUUUUUUAAAAAUGGGCAUGUUUGAAAUAAAUGAUAGUGAUACUCACUUUCAAACUCAAAUGCCAUACAUUAAAAAAAACAAUUGUAAUUGUUUUCAUCCCUCUGCCCAUGCUAACCCCUUCCAUGUUUUUAUAUAUUCUACUGGCAGGCCAUGAAACAAGCUAGAUGAAUAACCAGUGACAAUUCAUUCCAGUGUUUAGCUCCUUAGGUCAUGUCACCAGGACUACACUAAUGAAGGGUGUGUCAAAUCUAAAUUCUAAUUGGUAAUUUUAGCUCCAUUACUGUGGCUUUUGGUCUCUUAAAGUUGGCCUGUUAAUCGUUCCACAGCUAGAACAGGAACUUACCUCUUUGAAUGUACAUAUGUGUACUGAAUACAAAUUUGACACAGAAGUCAGCGCAAGACAAGAAAACAGGUUAUGGGAACAUCUUACGAGUUGAGAAGAUGGCUGCUAUAGCUGGAGCCUUCACAGAGAGCCACAACUUUAGUCCUGGUUUGUAACAUUAGACCAGUGUACAUGUUGGGAGUUAGGAAGACUCUAAGGAAUUAGUGGAGUAAUCUGUUUAUUGGUUAUUGUUGGCAAAAAUAUGGUUGGAAAUAUGUUGGCUUAAGAAAAACAUAUUGUUGCGCAUCCCUAGUUUUCUACAUUGGUUAUGCCCGCCGCAAAAAUCUAAUAUUGAGAUGUGUGUUUUCUAAUGAGUGUGUGUGUUCCUCUUACAGCUCGUAAUGGAUGUGUGCUUUAUGCCUGUCUGUGCAUCUAAUUCCACAGACUGUCUCUGGAAACUCAGUGCACCUGCAUAUCAUCACCACCAUGUCAACAUGUUCACAUAAGCCAUGCCACUAUCUACUGUUGUGUGGAACAGUCUGUGCACCCCUCUUUGAAAGUAAAUUCUGAUUUGUGUGCAUUAGAAUAUUUAAUUUAUUUCAUGAAUGUUCAACAACUAAAGCCUCUGUGCCAAGUUUUGAUGUGAUAAAGGAAUCCUUCAGAGUC